AUAACGUGAUGUUUAGCCACUGGAAUGCAAAUUUUACUGGAGGAUCCCCGCCGAAAAACGUGUAUUUUACUCCUCUGAAUGCAAUAUUUACCGGGGAACCCCCCCUUCGAAACGCAAAUGGGCUAGUUUUGAGUUAGCAAUUGGGAGGGUUUUGUUGAUCAAACUUGGCAACCCCGAGCUAAGUAACUUAAACGUGACCUGCACUAGUUUGUGUACUUCCAGACCCUCUUGGACAGCCGGCAAAUUGGUUAGUGUCUGGAUUUACCUGUGAGCGAUUAGCCAUGGUUCUGUGCGUUGUAAAGGGCUGUGAUAAUAAGUCGAAGGUGUACUCUAUCAUCAUGUUUCAUAGAAUUCCAACGAAAAACAAGAAACGAAAGAAUCAAUGGCUGGCUGCUCUGAACAUCGAUCUCAAAACACCGGUAGAAUCAAUCAAGAAAUGGCGUGUUUGCUCAGAGCAUUUUGGACCAGAUGACUAUUUGGUAAACAUGGACAGUAUUACUCGAACCACGGUACGGCGUCUGAAGGAUACGGCCAUCCCUACAAUCUUCAGAAUACAGACGGGACCAAGUGUAUCAUCACCCAUGGCUGAGACUGUGAGUGAUACAUCAUUGAUCAGCCAAGACUUCCAUUCAGAAGAGUCGGAGGAGGAAAUGGAUCACUGUUAUGCAUUAACCGCAGAGACGCUACAAACUCUGCCGAGGAAGCGAAAGAAGUCCGACGUUAAGAAGAGAGAAAGAGACAGACUGAGACAGAAAAACAGAGUUAACAUCGGCGUGGCCUAUUCCAGAUGGAAAGCGCUGAAAGUGGAGAAAGGCAUGAAGAACGACGCGGAGGUUGCUUGUUAUCUGCUGGACAGGGUGUGUGGUGGGCAUCUUUUGCAAGACAAGUCCAGUGCAUCUUUAAGAAAGAGAGGAAGACCCCGGAAAUCAACAUUUGCAUCUGCACCACAAACUGAGAAGAUUCUGAGGGAUUCGCUUCCGCCCAGUUGGGACAUGCAGUCAGACACUGAAUCCGUGCCUAGUCCAGAUCCCCAGUCCACAAACGUUGAGGUCCUUGAGAUCUGCUAUGACCUCCCUCCACUAUGGCCAUAUCAACCAGAUAAACAAGCACAGCCUGAACGAUUAAUAGAGGACGGAUUUGACCCGGAUGUCAGGAUGGGUUACACUGAGGAACAAAACCGUGUGAUGGAGCAUAGUUCAUCUUCAAGCACAACUACAGAGGAAGACAGCGCAGUGCACUACGAGGAAAGAAAGACUGCCCUGCGAUUGGAGGAGCGUUUAAACACCAUGAGGUCUUUGUCUGAUGCCGCACCUGAUCCCAUUUCAAUGACAAGAGGAAUAGAAGAUCAGAAGGAAAGAAAAUGGACAGUCAACAAAUCCAGUUUGACGGGACUGUUCAGAACCUGCCAUCAGUGUGGAGAGCCGGUUCUGGAAUUUAAAACGUUAACAUCCGGGAGUCUGAUUCGGAUUCAGUGGGAAUGCUCAAAGGGACAUCUCAUGUGGCUCUUUCCCAACCACAACCCAACAUAACACACACACACCAAAACCAGACGGGGAUGAAUGUACUGCAGUGUAUCUAGAUUUAUUAAAAUGUGAAUAUAAAAAAAAUAAAGUUUCUACUUUGGUAUUACAAAA